AUAAAUCCUCAAGGAUGACAGUCGAACCAAAUAGAGGACCUGUUGUGGGCAUGCGGCACGUCCAGGCCCUGCUGAUCUUUCUCAAUAUAACCAGCAUGUACUUGGGUCGCCUCAAUGUGGGUGUCUCUGUGGUGGCCAUGACGAAUGCGGAGUCUACCAAUACCAAUUUUCCAGAAUACGAUUGGUCGGAGUCCCAGAAGGCGUUAAUAUUGUCCAGCUUUUUCUGGGGCUAUAUCUUUACGCAGUUCAUUGGGGGUUAUCUGUGCAAGCGUUUCGGUGUGAAAAGUGUGAUGCUGUGGGGCUCCUUCGCUUCCGGCGUUACCAGUGCCCUGUCGCCUCUCUUCAUUGGGUUUGGCGGCUGGCAGGCCUAUUGCGGCAUACGUGUCCUGAUGGGCUUCGCCCAGGGACUGCUCUUUCCCUGCAUUCAUCAACACUUGGCGCGCUGGUCCCCGCCAGCGGAGCGUAAUCGCUUGGGUGCUCUCAGCCACACGGGCAUCGAGUGUGGCAAUGUCUGCGCUAUGUUCCUGAGUGGCAUGAUAGCCAAGAGUGCCAUAGGCUGGCCGGGCAUUUCGUACGUGUCCGCUGGUGUUGCCUUCGGAUGGUGUGCUCUGUGGUUUAUCUUUGCGUCCAACAAUGCAACCGAGUCCCGCUUCAUAGGGGAGGCAGAACUGCACUACAUUGAGUCGUCGCUGAAGCACAGUGAGAACUAUCACAAGAAAGUUAUUCCGAUUCCUUGGAAGGCUAUCUGCAGCUCGCUUCCGGUUAUUGCCUUAUUGAUAACCCGCUGCUGCGAAACCUAUGGCCUGAGCACACUCCAGGCCGAGAUCCCAUCCUAUAUGAAUGGUGUCCUCGACAUGGACAUCAAGAGCAAUGCCUUCUUUUCGGCCCUGCCCUUCCUGGCCAUGUGGUGCAUGUCCUAUGUGUACCUAAUCACCGCCGACAUUCUGCUUACCGGCAACCGGCUGUCAUUGACUGCCCUGAGGAAGACUUUCAAUUCGCUGGCCUUUUGGAUUCCGUGUGCGACACUGAUCGGCAUCGGAUUCCUGGACAAGGACCAGAAAACUCUGGCCAUCGUUCUGAUGACACUCAGUGUUGGCUUCAACAGUGGAGCCACCAUCGGUAGCUCCCUCAACACCAUCGAUCUCUCGCCGAAUCAUGCCAGCAUUGUAAUGGGCAUUGUCAAUACAGCGGCGAAUAUAGUGCCCAUAGUCACUCCUCUAGUUGUGGGCUUCAUCGUGGAGGACACUAGUGAUCGUACACAAUGGCAGAUUGUGUUCAUUAUUGCGGCGGUGCUUUUCUUUGUGGGGAAUUGCAUAUUUUUGGCCUUUGGGACGGCUGUAUCCCAACCCUGGGAUGCCGAAGACUUUUUACAGCCCCACGAACCAGAGCUGGCCGAGCGCAAGCCGAAGGCAAUCGACGAACAAUCCAGAUAGUACAAUUUCCGACUCUCCAGACCCGAUAGCAUUCCUAAUCUCUCCACUUGAGUCCGUGGAGCUUUUGCUCAGAGACGCUCAUGAGUGGUUCGAUGGGGAAUCACUCGAGUUUCGAAUAGCGAAGAGUUGGUUGGUUUAGCCUUAGAUUAUAGCUGUUUA